GUCGUGACUCCGCACACGCGUCGCGACUAAAGAAGCGGCCGCGCGCGAGCCGCUUCCUCCUUUUGUCGUUAUUGAGACGAAGCGGCGAGACACACGAAUCCCGUCGACUCGAAUCCGCGACGCGGGAAGCGAGCUCAAGCGGAACGAACACCGACCCGUGCGAGCAUAUUUACGGCGUACGAAAUACGAAAACGGCGGCACGCGACGCGCACUCGCGACGUCGUGCGAUCGGCGAUCGCGAUUUCAACAAAACUGCGUCGUCCUGAGUGUUCGCAACGCGAUUUUUCCACGGAGCGCUUUGGCUUGGGUCAGAACGCGACGCGAGUUCGACGAAAGUGAUCAACCAUUAAUAUUGCCAAUUCGAAAUUUCAAAAUUCCUGGCAACUUCAGGCGAUUGUCGGUGAACAACUUCGCGCGGGAGGGAAUAGAGAUCGAGAGAUCGAUCGCGCACGCGCGGCGACUCAUUUAAAGCAUCUUUAUUCGACGACGAUCGUCACGAGCGUUAUUCGAAAGAACGAGAGAUUCUACGUACGUUAUCUCCAGAUAACGCUGUUUCGACAGUCGUGAGAGUGUACAGCGGGAAAAUCACGUCGAACAAUCGCCGCGGUACACGCGUGAUGAAAAGUAAUCGAUAAUAUCCGCCGCCGUAUGGUAGUCGCCGAGCGAUACGGCGCACGGCGCCCGUCGAAAGUUCGCCUCGGCGAGAAGCGAGGUUAUGUGCCGCUGUCACCGCUGCUCAUAGACGCGCGUCAUUUCAGUCGCCCCCGCUGACUCCCGAGAGAUACGCGAUGGCCUGCCUAACGCUCGUCAUCGCGUUCCUGGCAUUCGCAGUCUCGUUACCCACCGACGUCACGUCCGCGCAUAUCCACAAGCAUCAGCACAAAGCUGACAACAACGAGAGGUUGGAGGAUGGGGCUUUCAGCCCUCGCGACUCUGACCACUACGCCGAGGGGGAGCACCAUCAGGAGUUUGAUCAUGAAGCUAUCCUGGGCAGCGUAAAGGAAGCAGAAGAAUUUGACAAGCUGCCAAUAGAGGAGUCCAAGAAGAGAUUGGGCAUUUUGUUAACUAAAAUGGACUUGAACAAUGAUAAAUAUAUAGAGAGGAACGAGUUGAAAGCAUGGAUCCUGCGCUCGUUCAGCAUGCUAUCUGCGGAGGAGUCCAAGGACCGCUUUGAUGACGCUGAUACAGACCAAGAUGGCAGAGUGAACUGGGACGAGGUCCUGAUAGACGCAUACGGCAACGAUCCUGAGGAUUUCCCGCCCGAGGAGAGUAUGAUGGAAGAUGAAAAAGAAACGUUUGAAGCUGCCGACGUAAAUAAGGACGGUUAUCUGGAUACAGAAGAGUUCAAAGCUUACACACAUCCUGAGGAGACGCCUAGAAUGUUUCCGCUUCUGGUGAACCAGUCUUUGAAAGACAAGGACAAAGAUAAAGAUGGGUAUAUCAGUUUCCAAGAGUUUAUCGGUGAUCGAGCUGCAUCGAAGGACAAGAAAUGGUUGUUGAGCGAAAAAGAUAAAUUUGACUUUGACCACGAUAAGAAUGCGGACGGCAGGCUCGAUUCAGAGGAGAUUCUCUCCUGGCUCGUUCCAAGUAAUGAAGACAUAGCGGAUGAUGAAGUGGAUCACUUGUUUGCCGGUUCUGAUGAUGAUCACGACAACAGAUUAUCAUUCGAUGAGAUCUUGGACCAUCACGAUAUCUUCGUGGGUAGUGAGGCAACGGAUUACGGCGAUCAUCUGAAUGACAUCGAGCGUUUUAUGGAUGAACUUUGAAAGAUGGAUUAAUUGAGUCAACGAUAUGUGUGUUAUCUUUCGUAAUAUUUAUCAGAAAUCCGCGCGUCGCUGAAAGUAUACUUUGAUACAUUGCUCGAAACGGUAACAAUUCUCUGACAAAUUGUAAUGCUUCAAACAAUUAUUUCCAAAAUACUCCCCAUUCAUGCAAGCAUCUGCGAGAUGCUCCGAGCAUCUGUACAAGUCAUAGAUUCAUUCCAGAAAUCUUGUCCCUUCUAGUUUCGAGCAAUGUAUUUUCUCUUCAAGUCUUACAUGUGUUUCUAUUUGUGCUGUUGUUAGAAUUUGCGUUGAUAAGGCAGGAGAUUAAUGAAACUUGCACACACACACACACACUGCGUGCAUUUGUAACGAUUCACGGAUAGCAUAGCGUUGCACGAGAACCGUCGUCUUCCAGUUUUUACCAAAUACAAGUGCCAUAUAAAGAGUGUGAGGAAGGAAAAGGAUUAGGGCAAACAACAAAAAUAUUUCUUUGAAUCCCAUUGAUUUUAUCAUCAUUCUGUACAUAUUACUGUUUAUUACUGUGCGUUGCAUGUAAAACACAAUAUUCUCGAGUUUUUAAUUAUUCAGGUCACAAAGUUAAUUAAUUUACACAGUUGAUGUCCGAGAAUUAAUUGCGACAUCCACAGAUUAUACUCGUGUACACACACACACACACACAAAGUUGUUCGCAUGUAUAUACGCAUUAUUUAUAAGCAGAUCUUCAACGAUGUGCGCAUCGAUUUUUCUAAUAAAAUAUUUUAACGAUUUAAA